AUGCGUGGAGCUGGAGACCAGUGGCAAUUUGCGAACGGCGUGACGUUUGUCGGUGGACGAGUGCUUGGAUUUGGAAAUGUAUUGACGAGCGGAUUGGACGCAGGCAUCACGUACCUAGCACCGUUUGCUGGAGUGGGUUAUGCUAGCAGGGAUGGUGCCGAAGAUCAAGCACGCCUUCGGCAUGAGCAAGAUACCAAGAUGAAGGCACUUGCUCGAGUUUUUCAUGCUGCAGGAAUACGCUGCGAGGUACUGGACGCAAGCAAGAUGCAGACCACACUUUGGCGCAAGCUGAUUGUAAACGCAGCAAUUAAUCCUCUCGCCUCGUUGCUAGAUGCACCCAACAGAGUAAGCUCUAACAGCGUGGCGAGUAGCGAGGGCAGUCGCCACUGUGUGAAUAUGGUGGUGCAGGAGGCUCUUGCGGUCGCUGAGCAAGAGCAGAUUCCUCUCGAAUGCACCCAAAAUGAGCUGGUGGAAGACAUCCUCGAAGUGGCUCGCAACACGGGCUCCAAUGUGUGUUCGAUGCUCGCAGAUCUGCGUCGCGGCUCCAGGACCGAGGUCGAAGCCAUCACGGGGCGCAUCGUUGCGGGCGGCAAGCGGCACGGCGUCCCCACCCCAACGAACGAGCUACUGCUGUCGCUGAUCAAGGCGCUCGAGGACGAAGGAACCCGAAGACAGAGCGAGUAG